AAGGAUUGUCAUUGACAGAGCGUCAUUGUACGUAAUGGAGUCGAUGUUCUGUACAUGUAAUUGUUAUUGAAAAUAUAAAAUUUAACAACGAAAUAUCACAUAAAACUGUGUAUUGCAGUGAUUUUCUGGAUUGCAGUGAAUGUUUGCUAACAUUUUAUGGAUGCUUUUAAGCGAUCCAAGUGCUCGAACAACCUCCUUUCGACCGUGAAUAAUGAUUGUCACGAAAUAAAACCUACAGGGCUAAGCGCGCUUCUUAUUCUAAAGAUUUGAAUUUGAAAAAGUAUUCAUGGUUUUGAGAGGGCAGCUGUGCAAUCCUCAUACAAAUGAAGCUAUGGCUUCUGAUCAACCCGUCAAGAAGAAACAGAGAAUCGACGCUCCUGAUAUUGACGAAGGCAGUGACCGAUCCGCCGAGGAUGUCCUGACCGACAUCUUCGAAAGCGAAACACCCGCCGAAACCUCUGAAGAAUUCCCAACAAGGAAUGGAGAGUCCCCAGACAGUGGUACUGUUAGUGAAGAUGCUGUCGACUGUUCUAGCAUAUUGAGGCUCCAGAGUGAUUCUGGUGUGGAAAUCUUACCGUCGUGUUCAAAUACAAACUCACAGUGGAAUUCUGAAAAUGACAAAUUACUAUCUGAACUGAGGUUACUCCAAAAUAACCUAAUCGGGCAGUGUUUAUGUCAAUUUGAUGAAAAUAUUGUUACACAACUAUUUGAUCGACAAUUGAAUAUUUCAACAUGGCCUUUGACGUCUUCCCUGACUUAUCUCUCAACUAUGCAGCUGAUGUUCGACAUAUAUCUCAAACAAAAUGGUACAGGAACAAUAUGUUCAAAAGUAAUGCAAGCAUGUGACUUACUAGUACGUAAUAGACAUGAUUGGAUAACUGAGGUUGUUGAAUUAGCCGACCACAAAAGUAAAUACAUCACAUUCAUAGCCAGUAGAGUAUUAGCUACAUUUUUGAUAGUAUCAAAAGACACAGUAGAUGAAAACUGGUUACAACAGAUAGCUGAAAAUAUUUAUUUAUUUGAUAGAAUCAACAGAAUUACAGUACAAAAGAUAAAUUUUACUCUAGAUAUAAUUAAAAGGAUAGUGGAGUGGAAAGAUGUUGAACAGCAUCCUUUGGAAGACAGUAACUACAUUAACACACCAAGUAAUACUUAUGUUCAAGAAGACAAUCCAUUUAGAAGUAAUAUAGGCUAUUCUAAUAGUACAGAAGGCCCAUCAAGUUCACAUAACAAUUUACACAAUGAAUUUUCAAAUUUACACACCAAUAGCACUCCGUCGACAUCAAAUGAACAGGCGGAGAAGCCCGUAAUCUUUAAACUACAAGAACCAGUAUUAAAAUUAGACUCUAAUGAGGAAAGGCAGGAGAUGGAGCAUUCUCCUGAAACACCAGCUGAAAGAAUAGAAAGAGUCAAUGAGCAUGGUUGUGUGACUGUCAUGCUGACAGAUUCUGAAUCUUUUGACACUUCACACAUAAAGUGUUUAACGAUAAAAACCUUGGAGCACCACUGGCCGAUUCUUGUGAAAAACAUGAAACUUUUACUACUAAGGUACCUGAAUUUAGCUAAUGCUGAAAAUUGUAUAUUAACAUUUUUUUCUUUAUGGGAGAACAUCAUAAGUGUUAAAGCGAAUCUCUCGAUAAUCGAUACAAAACCAUUUUAUGCAGACCUUCAGAGCUUUGUUGAUUUACUAAGGAAUACAAUGUUGCCGAGUUUAAUAUACACACAUUUGUUAAGUUUAUUCAAUGAGGUUCUAUGUUAUGGUUCGACAUUAGCUUUACAAGAUAUUUUACCCGAAGAAAUAUGCAGCUUAGCUCACUCAAUAGUGAGAUUUGUUAAAGAUUUUAGGUUAUUAAAUAAUGUAAGAGUACAAAAUAGUAGGAGUGGUUUUGGCUUUUUAGGGCACGACUGUAGGGUUGUAACGGACUAUUCCUUAGGGCCUGAAGUAUUACCCUUAUCAUCCUCGAUACAGUUAGUAGACCAGAGUUACGGAGAUGAUGAUAUUGAUCAACAAUCACAGUCAGAGGUAGACAAGACUAUGUUGCAAAGAAUGUCUUUGCUCGUGCUCAAAUCUAUAGCUGUCACAGUCAAAGAGAUGAGAUGUGAUUCGUCAGACAGUUCAAUAGAUUCAUCAGACUACAAUGCUAUACAAGACAUGCAGAUUGUAGAGAGGUCAAUACGGGAUGUAUUGAAGAAAUUAGAUGUUUUUAUACGGAAUAGUUUAGAUUUCCAUCCAGAAACACCAUUCACAAAAAUGUUAAUACAUUUGUUUAGUGAGCAAGACGAUUAUCUAAUAGAAUCAAUGGUUUGUACUUUGGAUAUUACAGUUGGCAUCGUCUAUAGGAAUUCCGUGUAUCCAGACUUAAUACCUAUGUUGAAUCCGAUUUCAUCGUUCAUAGAAUUUCUUAAGGUUGUUUCGCACGACAGUGAUGUUCUGUUGGAUUAUUUGGUAAGUAAUGAGACAUGUUUUCUGCUAUACUUACUAAGGUUUCUUAAAUAUGUAAGAAGGAACUGGCCUAAGUUUCUUGAUACGUGCCAGCAGACUGAUGCGGGAGGCACGAGAGGCCUAGACGACACAAUGAGAGUCUUAAUACGAUUACGUUUACAAAUAAGUCGAUUAGUAUCAAAAUCACUCUUCCCAUACAACAUAAGUCCUGUUCUGAGAUUGUUGGAGGUUUCUGAAAGCUUGUAUGAAGGUAACGAAUUUAGCUGAAUAUUGAUUUUCAUCAUUAAAAUUAACCCACACAAUAUACUGUGUGGGCUAGGAAGGUGUCCCCUUUAAAAUUACAAAGACUGCUAUCUUUAUUUUUACAUUCCAAAAUUCCUUACUCUAAAUGGUACUUUGUGCUAAUUCAUUUAAUUUAUAUUAGACUUUAGGAAUGUAUUAUUUGUAAUGAUAGAUGUAGAUUAUAAAAUUAUGGAUGUAUAAUAAUCGUCUUCCGUUUUUGAAUGGCUUUUAAAUUGUGUACAGUGUGUUCAUAAAUGAAAAUUGAUGUUUUUCUAAUGAUUAUUUUUAUACAAUAUAUUUUCUAUGAGAAACUCAAUGUGCCUUAUUUUAAUAAAUGAAAGGUGCUCUACGGGAUAGGAACAAUUAUAUAAACAUUGCACAAAUAUAUAUAUAUAAGAUACAAUUUUUUUUGUAACCAUAAUUUAGCAUAAUAUUAUUAUGAUAUAAUUUAGUAUUGAUUUAUUUGUUAGUGUUAAUUUAUUUUAAUUUCGGUUGUAUUAUAUAAAGUUAAGUUUUUUUGCGUAAAUGGGUCUGUGAAAGUUUUCUAUUUUUAAACUAAAUAAUGAUCAGUGCCGCGCUUUUGUGUGUAAAUAUUUGCCAUCAAUUACCAUUUUAUAUUAUGUAACUGUAAUAAUAAUAAUCAGUAUUAAUACAAUAUCCUAUUUAUGUUGAGAAAUAAUUUUGUAUUUUUUUUUUCGUGAAGUUCAAUGCUAUUUGCUUUGUAAACUUAGAAUGUCUGAUUGAUAAAACCGAUGUAACGAAAGCUGAUUAGAAAGUGUUGGCAAGGCACACAAAGGGCCUGCACUGGUAGGUACCAUAAGGUUAUCUAACUAUGCCUCAACUUCCCCUCCAGGUCUGGUUUCCGGUGACCACUUGGCACAAGGUGGUGAGAGCUAGUUUGAUUGUCUAAUGCAGAGGCUCCCACACUUAAUUUGUCUACUACCCACUUUGAGAAUAAAUUAUUUUAUAGCGCCCCCACUUAUUCACCUACUUAAAAACCACUAUAGCGAGAGCUCAGUCAGUGUCUAAGAGUCCUCCUAGAUGAAAUUAUAAAUCGCCUUCCAAGCCUCUACACGAAACCCCUAUUAUUUUUUCUGGGUCUCCUACCGCCCCCCCCCUUUAGGCCUACUGCGCCUACAAGGGGGCGUUAUCGCUCACUUUGAGAAAAGCUGAUCUAAUGAAAUACAAAUAUUCGACAUUAAGCUGUAUUAUAAUUUGUUUUAUAGCGUAAAGUCCACAUUCUGUACCAUUAGAAAUUCUUUAGCCUUAAUCAUAUUAAUUAUCAUGUUAACCUUUUUUUUUAAGUUUACAAAGCAACAAAGAACUUUUUCAACGCGUACGUUAUUCUUGUAUUUGUAGCUUUAAGUUAUCUAAAACAAUUUUUAGUGUCAUUUUGUGUUUGAACAAAAAAAAUACAUUGGGGAUUAAAAUUAUACAAAUAUUUUCACUUCCAAAUUUAUGUAAGGGAUUUGAUGUCAUGCAAUUGCUUUCAACUCGUAAACGGUUGUCGAGGUUGGGUUUUUAAGUCUCUGUAGGUCUUUUAAAGGCGAUUGGAUCGAUUCGAAGAUUGGUACGACCGAUAGUUCUACUCCCGAUGUUCCAGUUUGUAGGCUGCGACUAAGACUAUGGAUUAUAAUUGAGAUAUCGAUCUACUCUCGAUAGGCAGAGGCCUGGCUCUGCCCCUGGCAUUGCUAAGGUCCAUGGGCGACGGUAACCACUCACCAUCAGGUGGACCGUAUGCUCGUCUGCCUACAAGGCAAAAUUAAAAUAAAUAGUCGCGAAGGAAUUCAUACCAUUAAUGUCACACAAAACAGCAGAUAAACGUUAUAAGAGCCGAGGCCGUCUCGAUUCUAGUAUAAAAAAAAAAAACGAUGCUUCCGGACGAAAAAUAGAAUGAAUAAUGUUGAAAGCAAAAUGACACUAAACCAUUAAAUCUUAAGGUUGAAUACAAUCGCGACAGACUGUUAAUUAAGACGUAAUAAUUGUUGAGAAGAAAAUAAUAAUAAUAAUUUAAAAAAAGAAAACAUGUUAUCUCCAUCCGUAUUUUAAUAUUAAACGUUAGUGUGUAAUCACGUCCCUAAGGUCGGAUGUUUAAAUUAUUGAGAUACAUUUGUUUUGACAUGGUAAAAAAUAUAUUUUUAAUUUCUUACAUAUUUCAAGAGACAAGGCCGGAACUGAAAUGUUCAAAUACUAAAUUAAUUUAGCAAAUAACAAAAUAGAUAUUUAGUUACAGUUUUAAGCAACUAUCAACUUUGUUUUCAUAGCACGAAAGGUUAUUCUGGUUCUCUAUUUGAUUUAAACAUUCAACUUUAAUGCAUUCGAUUUUAUUUUUCUUUGUAUUGUAUCUUUUUUUUUAACAUGCUUAUGAAUCUCAGAAUUAAUGUUUGAUAAAAUUUUAACUAUGAUUGUAGCCGGCCAAUGAAAUCCAACCUUAAAUCUAUUCAGAAAUAGAAAGACUGAUUUGACGUACAUUUUGCACAAUUACGUCACCUAUCGAAAGUUAUUCCUAUUCAUCUAAGGAAUUUAAAAUUCGCGCCACGGAAAAGAAAUGGCACCACCUUCAUUCAAUUAAAAAAGAACCUUAAAACGCUCAUACCUCACUAGCCGGUUUUAAUUAUAUCUUCAAUUCGUUUUCUUCUUCUCAUUCGUUAGGUACCUCAUUACAUUUAGUACCCUUAUUCAGGAUCGUAAACUUCUGUAGUCUCCUCAGCAUUACUCUUUACCUAUUCCUAUCCGUUGCUUGGCGAAGAGCUUCGUUGACCGGUAUUUCUUCAACACCCGUAGUAUAUUUCUCAUCGAAUAUUGGUUAUACUAAAAACUACAUCUGUUUACCAUUUAAACACAUUAAAUUUCGAUUUCCCGACUAUAUUAAUGAUAGCUAAAUUAUAUUAAACAAUAUUACUGGUGGUAGGACCUCUGCUCUCUCUGACCUCUGGUGAGUCCGCGCGGGUAGGUACCACCGCCCUGCCUAUUUCUGCCGUGAAGCAGUAAUGCGUUUCGGUUUGAAGGGUGGGAAAGCCCUUGUAACUAUACUGAGACCUUAGAACUUAUAUAAGAUGUCUAUGGGCUCCAGUAACCACUUAAUACCAGGUGGGCUGUGAGCUCGUCCACCAUCUAUACAAUAAAAAAAAGUAGUUACGUUCUAAUUAAAACUAAUAAUUGUUUUAUUCAAUUCUAGAAUAUUUUUUUUAUAAAAACGAAAGACGGUAGUUAGCAGAAUAUUGAAAUGACGGCAUAGAAAUUUUGCGACUAUUUAUGUGAACAGAUGGUUAAUCGAUGUCGUUUUCAUUAAGGCCAAUGAGUUCAGAUAAAAAUAAAACUUUAAUCAGGUUUCCCGCGGCUUAUAUGCUCCUUGCUAGGUAUCGAUAUAAUAAUAUUUAAAUAGUUCUAUUUAUAAUCCACAGUGGACUAGGCUUAAAUAUUACUGUUUUCAUAACGCAUCAUUAGAGAUAUGUCUCAAGGAAAUUUGACAUCCGUCCGUGUGGCUCUGACACGAAAUGCGGUAGCGUCGUCAAAACAGUUGAUCUUGCCAAUAGAAUUUAGAAACUAAGCCUUUUAAUACACUGAUUUUUCGAAACACAUUAUGACCCUUAAUUAAUCGAAUAUUAAUUGAAAAUAAUGAAAACAAAGAAACAUUUUUUAAAAUUUCCUUGAUAAUAAACAUUUUUUAGGUAAAAUCUUUUUUAACUUGUUAUUUAAUGUUAAUUUUCUAUUCAUAUUCGAUUGAUUUUGGUGAGACUUUUCAAUUAUGAAUUUACAAGUGAUAAAACUGGUUUGAAAUCAAAAUCAAUUGUGUUGGGUACUUGUAAAUUCAUAGUGACAUUGAAUAGGCUACAGAUGACAGAAAUUACGAAAUUAUUUAUGUAAGUUCUUGUCGUAAGUGAAAACUUGUUUUCGUUAAGUAAAAUUAAUUUAACGAUAAUAAAUAAAAUGAAAUAUUUUUGUACGUGA